GCCGCGCCGCCCGCCGUCGCCGCCGCCGUCGCAGCCCCGGCCGCCGCGACCGACGCCGACCCCGACCACGACGACGACGCCGCCGCAGACACCUGCAGGCGGCUGGCGGAGAGCACGCCGGACCUGCUGCUGGACACGCCGGCGCGCGCCGCCGACCACUUCGCGCAGGACCGCGACACCCUGCGCCGCGCCCCUCCCCCCGCCGCCAUCGCCGCCCCCGCCGCGCCCGCGCCCGCCCAGCACCACAGACAGACGAGCUCGGACGGCGGCGUGGCUCGGACGGAGCCGGGGGCGGGGGCGGGCGGUGCGCUGGGCAGCCCCGUGCCGGCGCGCAACACGCUGCGCGUGGCCGCCAAGUUCGCCGACCUCACGCUCACGGGCGGCUCGCUCAAGCCCGCGCUGGCCGCCAAGCCCGCGCUGCUGCGCCGCCCCACCCCGCACCCCGCGCACGCCGCGCCCGCGCCCGCCUCCGCGCCCGCCUCCGCGCCCGCGCCCGCCGAGCCGCAAUAGCACGGGACUGCCCCGCCCCCACCAGUCUCGGGUCGUAUUAUAUAAUAGCGGCGUCCGCAACGCAGAGCGUCGGCGCCGCGCCGCGCCUUCUCCGUCGUUAGUAGAUUUUGUAUGCAUGCAUAUCGUUGUACUAUAUGCGAAUAUUUUUGUACCGUCGCCGAGAUGCCGCACAAUAAACAGUAUUAUCGACGGCGUUUUUUAUUGUACCCUAGACGAUAACAUAUUUUUUAAUGAUUAUAUUUAUAAUAAAGUUAGUAAUGAUGAUCGA